GCGCGUUCAGAAACUGGUCUGCGCGCACACACUUUCGGACGCAGAGCAGAAGGUCCGCAUCGAAGAGGCAGCUUCACAGCGGAAAACGUUAGCUGGGUAACGUUUAGGUGACUGGAUAACUAGCCGGUUAGCUGCCCUUCACUGACUGAACAUAGAAGGAGAUAAACUCAUUGCGGACGGGUCAGAUGAAAGAAUCACGUGUCGUCACUCAUUUUGCUCACACUGGAGUGAGAACACAGCGUUAAAUCAGCUGGUUUUAAAGCCAGGAGGGCGCUUUUAGCUAGCAACCUACGUUACCUUCCUUGACUAGUCUGAAUCGACUUCUCACGAUUGGAAUUUUACCACGGAUUUAUCAUACCGCUUAUCUGAACCGUCGACUCAGGAAUGCUCUUUUUUGACCGUGUCUAGCGUAAGGUGAAAUUGGUCGUUUUGCCAUUCGUUUUAUUAUAAUGCGGCUUUUUGGCGGUGGAGGGUCAAGCUGUGCUUUUGCAGCUGUCGAGGAAGAACAUAAGAAAAAACACUGCUAAAGCGAGUCAGAAAAACAGCUUUUCACCACUCACAGGUUUUGUGUCUGCUCUGCCUUGCCCUAGAUCUCUGUCAUGCCGUUGUGAGAGGGCAGCUUUGACUCCCGCAUGGAUCAGUGUGGAUUAUAACGGGAGAUGGCGUACUGAAAUGGACAGACUGCCAGGAGCACACUGCGGGAUUUCCGAAGUUCCCUUCCUCAAGCCUUUCUGAAGAUCGUGCAGAGAAAAGGCAGCUCCAGCAGUGAGCCGGUGUAAUGGAGGCAGGCAGCGGGGCUGCUGCUCUGGGGAGCGCGGGCACGGGACUGCUGGGGGCUGCUGGGACCCCCGACUCCGCUGACAGGGGCCUGAGGCUUGGCCGACACCCUGAGGAGGACGACAUGGUGCCAGAGCUGGCCCGGAGCAUGCACCCCCGCGAGAGACCCGACUGGGAGGAGACCAUCAGCGCCAUGGCCCGCAGCGCGGAGGUCCCUGAGCUCGGUGCCGAGCCUCUCCUGCGAUCCUGCAGCAGCACCGCCAGCAUGAAGGUCAAGAACGUCAAAAAGUUGUCUUUCACCAAGGGCCACUUUCCUAAGCUGGCAGAAUGCGCCCACUUCCACUACGAGAACGUUGACUUCGGAACAAUACAGCUGGCUCUGGCGGAUGAGCAGAAUGAAGUGACGAGGAAUGGCUUUGAGCUGAAGGAGCUGGUAUACCUGGUCCAGAUCUGCUGUCAGGGCCGUAGCUGGAUUGUGAGGCGCAGCUAUGAAGACUUUCGCGUCCUUGACAAGCACCUCCACCUGUGUAUCUACGACCGACGCUUCUCCCAGCUCCCUGAGCUUCCCCGAUUCGACAGCCUGAGGGACCGAGCUGAGACAGUUUCCCAGAUGCUGAUGGCUUACCUCUCCCGCUUGUCAGCCAUCGCUGACAACAAAAUAAACUGUGGGCCUGCCCUCACAUGGAUGGAGAUUGAUAACAAGGGGAACCACUUGCUGGUACACGAGGAAUCCUCCAUCAAUGUUCCGGCCAUCGCCGCCGCCCAUGUGAUCAAGCGCUACAUCGCCCAGGCAGCGGACGAGCUGUCCUUUGAGGUCGGAGACAUCGUUUCGGUGAUCGACAUGCCCCCCAAAGAGGACACCACCUGGUGGCGAGGGAAGCACGGUUUUCAGGUUGGCUUCUUUCCCAGCGAGUGUGUGGAGCUGAUCAAUGACAAGCUUCCCCAGUCUGUCACCAACUCUGUGCCAAAACCAGCCUCCCCCAGCUCUGGUCUGCGGCCUGCAUCCUGGAGUUUCUUCCCUCCCUAUUUGGAAAUGGAGAGUGUUAAGCAGGAUAAUGCAUGGGUUCCCGACCCUCUCAACCACUACAGGAUAAGCUCAGUAUCCAGGAAGCACGGGAAGCUGAUCACGUUCCUGCGCACCUUCAUGAAGUCCCGGCCGACCAAGCAGAAGCUGAAGCAGCGGGGGAUCCUGCGGGAGCGCGUGUUCGGCUGCGACCUCGGCGAGCACCUCCUCAACUCGGGCCACGACGUUCCCCAGGUCCUGAAGAGCUGCACCGAGUUCAUAGAGAAGCAUGGCAUCGUGGACGGGAUGUACCGCCUGUCAGGAAUCGCCUCCAAUAUCCAGAAGCUGCGGCAUGAGUUUGACUCGGAGCAGAUCCCAGACCUGACGAAGGACGUGUACAUUCAGGACAUUCACUGCGUGGGGUCACUGUGCAAGCUCUACUUCCGCGAGCUGCCCAACCCCCUCCUCACAUACCAGCUCUACGAGAAAUUCUCCGAGGCAGUGUCAGCAGCCACAGAUGAGGAGCGCCUGAUCAAAAUCCAUGAUGUCAUCCAGCAGCUCCCUCCACCGCAUUACCGGACACUUGAGUUCCUCAUGCGGCACCUGUCCCAUCUGGCGACUUUUAGCUAUGUCACGAACAUGCACAGCAAAAACCUGGCCAUCGUCUGGGCCCCGAACCUGCUGAGGUCCAAGCAGAUCGAGUCGGCCUGUUUCAGCGGCACGGCGGCCUUCAUGGAGGUGCGCAUCCAGUCGGUGGUGGUGGAGUUCAUCCUCAACCACGUGGACGUGCUCUUCAGCCCCAAGCUCAGCUCGCUGAUCCGGGAGGGGGCAGGUCACAACUCUUUGUCCCGGCCCAAGUCCCUGCUGGUGUCCUCGCCCUCCACCAAGCUUCUGACCCUGGAGGAGGCCCAGGCUCGAACCCAGGCCCAGAUCAACUCCCCUGUCACCGCCGACAGCAAGUACAUCGAGGUGGGGGAGGGGCCAGCCGCCCUGCAGGGAAAGUUCCACACCGUCAUCGAGUUCCCCAUGGAGAGGAAGAGGCCCCCAGUGAAGGCCAAGAAGUCUCCGGUGGGCAGCUGGCGCUCCUUCUUCAACCUGGGCAAGUCCUCCUCCAUGUCCAAGCGCAAGCUGCAGCGCAACCCCAGCGAGCCCAACGAGCUCAAAGCCAUGGCCCUCAGCGGUGGCAGAGGAGACACAGGAACUCUAAGAUCAGCCAAAAGCGAAGAGUCUCUCAGCUCUCUACACAAUGUGGAUGGCGAAUCCAAGGUGUACAGGCCGCGGAGGCCCCGGUCUAGCAGCGACGCCCUGUCCGCCUCCUUUAACGGGGACCUGCUGGACAGGCAGCAGUGCAACUCCUACGACAACCUGACCCAGGGCGAGAGUGACGGGGACGAGGGCCCCCUCCGCGUGCCUGCUCUGAUCUCGCCCCCCCGCUCCAGCGAGGAGGUGGACCUGAGCCCCCCGGACAUCGGCAUGGCCUCGCUGGACUUCGACCCCAUGUCCUUCCAGUGCAGCCUGCCCGCGGCCGAGCCCGCCUUCCCCGCGCCCGAAUCGCCCGCAGGGGGCGGGGCCAGGGGCUCGGAGCCCGCCUCCCCCUCCCCGGAGAAGUUUGCCUGCCCCUUCCUGUCCCCCGACCUCAGCCCGGCACUGGGGGAGAAGGGGGCCGCCGCCGCCUCCUCCUCCUCCUCCUCCAUGGCCAGGAAGCCGGCGCGAGCCCCGUCCCCCAAAUCUAGCCGAAAGCUCGUCGUUUCGGAGGCCGCCCCCGAGGGCGCGGGGCCGACAUGGGACGCCGGGCGGCCGGGGUCCUGGGACCCCACGGGAGGGGGGGGGUGCUGCAGCCCCGCGCCCUCGGAGCCGGGGAGCGACGGCUGCCAGUACCAGCUGCUCUACCAGCUCUCCAGCGCCGGUGGCCCAGAGAGCCGGGACCCAGCCGGCGCCGACCGCCCCGAGCCCGGCCUCCCCGAGCCCAGCCGCCCCGCCUGCGGUCAGAAGCAGCCAGGAGCCGUAGUUCUGGACUCUCCACAGGGCCCUGCCCCCGUCAGCUCAGUGUCCCUCCUCCCUCCUCCUCCCCCUCCGAAAAACGCCGCCCGCAUGCUGGCCCUGGCUCUGGCCGAGUCCGCGCAGCAGGCGGCCAUCUUGUCCCAGAGGAGACCCUCCGCGCCCCCGACACCCGUCUCCCCCCUCAGGCCCGAGGGCCCGCUGGACUUCCUGGAGUGGCCGCCCCCACCCCCCGUCCAGCCCCUCACGACCCCCGAGGAGCCGGCCCCCGCCACCACGGACGCCCCUCCGGCCCCGGUUGCCUCCACGCACAUAGAGAGCCAGGCACCAGUCACCAAAGACAGGUCACCCGCCACCGCCACCGCCUGUGCCAGCCAAGAGUUCAGCAGCUUCGACGGUAUCGGUGUCACAACGGCACCGCCCAGCCAGUGUACCGCCACCCCCACCAGCCCCCCAGCCUGCGCGUCCCCCCCCCAGAGGAGCCCAGAGAGGCCACAGCCUGCUGCAGGCCAGGUCCCCAGCAGUGGACCCCCUGCAGCCACCUGCAAGGAGGCUGGGCCUGCAUUACAGAGGGGCACAGAAAUUCAGGAGAGUGGAACCGUGCUGCUGCCAACGCUCCAGAAGCCUAUCCCAGAACAGCCAAUCACAGCCGCGCAGCCCGAGCCCGUUUCCUGGGGGACCCCGGUCACUCCCGCUCCCUCGGACCCUGCUGAGAAGCCGUGGGAGGCCGUACAGCCGGACCACCGGCAGGCGGAGCCGGUCCUGCUGUACCACACCCACGGGACCACGCCCCCUGCCCCGCCGGUUCGCUCCAUCGAAAGCAAGCUGGCAACCGCCGCCCUGUCGCGCGCCGAGGCCGCCAACGCCUCCAACUUCCACGCCAUCCUGGCGGAGGCCUCCAUGCCGGCCUCGGUGGAAGAGGCCCUCCCUCACCCGCCUCCGCCCCCGCGCAAGUCCUCCACCCACCAGCCGGCCUACCUGUACCACCCGGAGCCCAUGAUGGAGGCCGCGGGUGAGCCCUACUACCACCAGAGGGCCGUCCCGGCUGGGCAGGGCACUCUGGGGUACCACCACUACCGGUCGGACAGCGUGCCCCCGCACGCGUCCUACGUGUCCAAAUCUGAGCCGCAGAUCCCCUACAGCGCCCGCGUGGACAGCCGCUACGCCACGCUGGGGCCCAGGUCCUUCCACCACUCCAUGAAGUCCCGGACCCCUCACCGGGGGGGGGAGUACGUCCACGGGCACGCCGGGCACCCGGGGCACCACCCGCAGGGGUACAGCCCCAUGGACGGGGCCACCGUGUACCCCACCAUCCGCCGGGUGCACUCCCUGCACGCGCCCCCCAGCGCCGCCAUCCGCUCGGUCCCCAUCUCGCGCACCGAGGUGCCCCCGGACGACGAGCUCUUCUACUACCAGCGGCCCGCGCACCAGUGCAAGCCCUACGCGCCGGCGCCGCAGGCCGACUACCACGUCACCCAGCUGCAGCCGUACUUCGAGAACGGGCGCGUGCAGUACCGCUACAGCCCCUACUCGGGCGCCGGCCCCCUGGACGCGCCCUACUACGACGUGGACCCCUACGGGACCAUCCGCCUGCGCCACUUCCACUCCUUCAGCGCCCGCGACCUGGCGCCGCACCUCGGCCGAGCGGGCGGCAAGACGGGCGGCUACCACUACCUGUCCCGCCACGUGCUGCCGGCGGGCAAGGAGCACAGCUUCGUGAGCCGCGACAUGCCCCCGUCCCACGGCGGGGCGAAGGGGGCCGCCUUCUACCUGGCCUGGGACCCCGAGGAGGCGGACCGGCUGCGCGUGCACUCCAUCCGGCGGGAGAGCAGGGCCCGGCAGAAGGCCAAGGGGCCCGUCAUGUCCCAGUACGACAACGUGGGCCCCUUCCCGGGGCCCGCCGAGCUGGGGAGCCUGGAGGUCCUGCACCUGCGCAGCAAGUCGGACCCCGGGAAAGUGGUGCUCAUGGCCCCCGGCGCCGAGGGGAAGGAGGGCCGCUACGCCCCCCGGCACAUGCACUCCGACCCCGAGGCCCUGGUGUACAUGGAGACGGAGAAGCACUGCCAGGGCAACGGGACGGGGGACAGGUCGGCCCUGCCCUCGAAGGAGAGGAGCUCCAGGAUGGGCGGGCGGGACCACCCGGCCCAGCCCUCGGCCCAGGCCGCGCCCGCUCCCCCCCCACGGCACCUCCCUCAGCAGCCUGAGCCGCUCCGCCCCGAACCCAAGAGCGACGCCGCCGACGGCCGGCACUGGCCAGAGCGGCACGCCGGCAGGCCCAAACCCUCGAGCGGCUACACCGACGAAGAGCCGCCACCGGCCGCGCCGCCCGCCAAGCCGGCCGCUCCCCCCAAACCUGAGCGCUCGCACGCCGCCCGAGAGCGACCGCUCUACCACCCGCCCAACCCCCAGCCCCACCCGCACCUGCCGGACAACCCAGAGCGGGGAGAGCACGGCGGGGCCUACCCGUGCCACGCCCACAACCAGAGACACAGCACCAUGACCGUGACGUCCCACUACGACAACCUGGACGACUACCAAGCCACACCUCAGCCCCCGCAAACUCAGACGCCGACUCCCGCGCCCGCCCGAGGGGGUGCCAGCACGUUCCCCCCGCCCCCCAACAACAACAGAGCGUACUCCACCGCACUGGGGCAGGGGGCUUUUGUUGCAGCAGAGCUGUCCAUGCAGAGGCCUGAGGCAGAGGUACGCGCAGAGUGAUGGGCCACAAGAGGGCGCUACAGAGAUUAAAAGGUCACAGGAAAUUGUGAAUAAAACGCAGCAGCCUCUGCAGGACAGUGGACUGACUGUCUCCUGAUCAUUUAUGUUCAUUUUUUUGUAUUUUUAAUGAAAUGUAAAGAAAAUGGGGAAAAAAUAUAUAUUGCAGACUUUUUACUGAAGUGAAUGUACCAUAAAUUUCUUCCAUUGUCUAAAAUGCCACACAGCUGUGACUUAUGAAUAAUGGGUGAUCAUAUAUAAUUGUGUGUAUGUGUGUGUGAGUGUGUAUAUACAUAUAUGUAUGUAUAUUUGUAGUGUAUGUAUGUGUAUAACAAAAGGGUACAGCAAAUGGAAAACAAAAUGUAUGUUAUAAAAAAACUACUGGCUAUAAGGGAUUUUUAGUUUUCAAAUUUUUUUUGGGAGGGUUUUGGGUGGGGUAAUGGGGAUUAAAAUUUUCGCAUUUCAGAAAUGCAUGCACAUCAUUUCUUGCAGAACAGUUCUGUGUACGUUGAUUUCCGGUGUGUACUUCCUGGAUGUUACACGUUGUCAAGGGAGACCUGUGUAUGUCAUCAUGCCUCUCCCAUUUUGUGUGUGUACAUGACCAGUCCCAAUGGCUCACCAUCAGUAAAUCACUGCCGCAUUGGGUUCAGGAGCAUAUUAAUCAGUACACAACUGGACUGACGUAGUUCUUUAAGGUGGCACAGUCACCACUUAGGUGUAACUUAACCUGUUUACUCAGUGACUUAAUGCAGUUUUGAAUCUCCGUUGUAAUUUUGGAAUAAAACUUGUGUUUCUGUCCAGUCUAAUUUUAAAAUUGCAAUGCCUUGGGUAAUAAUUGGUUCACUUUACUGCAAGGAGGACCAAACACUCGUUGUGAAGCUUUUGCUUGAGCAUUUGAGGGAGGGAGAGAGUAUUAACCACAGAUGUUAAAGAAUAGUUCUAAAAAAAAAACUGUGCUGAAUAUUUAGUUUUAUUUCAGGGCAAUUACCUUUUUUCAAAGGACUUGAAUGGACUCGAAACUAAAUAAAUAUUGAAUAAAUGUAACCCCUAAAAUGAAA